GUUCGGUGCUGGCGGCGCGGCCCGCACCGGGGCGGCGGCUCUGGGAGCCCCCGAUGGCGUCGAGCGCCGCCCGCGGGCCGCCGUGCCGGGAGCGGAGCGGCCGGGAGCGGCCGGGACGACGAUCGCGUUCUGCCGGGCGGAGCCGGAGCCGUAGUGGGGAGCGGGAGGGUGAACAGAGAGCGCUCCGGGAGGAGCAGCCGGCGGCAGGUCUGCGCUGUGAGCAUGGAGCAGAAGCUGCGAAAGCCCCGGGGAAACCGGGGCGGCCCCGAGCCUGUCCCGACGGCGCGGCGGAGGGCAGCGCCAACGGGGCAGUGGCGGCGCCGCGGGCUGCCGGGCGGCGAGGCAGGAAGGGCAAGGCCGAGGUGCUGCUGGUGGAGCUGUCCCGGGCCCCGGAGCCCAUCCGCGUGGAAAAGGGGCUGGGCAGCGGCGAGGAGCGGGACGGCGCGGAGACCCCGCGGGGCGGGCGGCCCAAGAGGAGGGCGGCCAAAGUGGCUCUGCUGUACCUGCAGGAGCUGGCGGAGGAGCUGAUGCCCGCCUGCCAGCCCCCUGCUCCCGCCAAGGGCGCGCCCGAGCCCAGCCAGAGGAAGCGCCGGAGGAGGAGGAGGGAGGAGGACGCGGACAGCGACGACCCCGCACGAGACGCUGACUUCGUGCCCUCGCAGGAGGUGCUGCAGGCAGAGGAGGAGGAGGAGGAGGGCAGCGACACGCUGCUCAGCGAGGCGUCGGAGCCAGAGCUGGAGGCACCCCGAGGGCACGGCGGGAGGACGGCAGCCACGGGGAGAUCCAAGCCCCAGUGCCGAGGCCUCGCCCCCAACGGCUUCCACAACUCCAUCAUGGCCCCAGUGGAGAAGAGCUCCAGCCUUACCUGCAGCCUGCGGGAGCAGAAGCACUCGCAGUGGGAGUUCCCCGACUGGAUCCCAGUGGCACACAGGUGGACGUGUCUCUCUGACAGCGAGGCUGCCCCGUACCUGCCAGCAGAGGAGAAGUCCCCGCUCUUCUCCGUCCAGCGUGAGGGCAUCCAGGACGAUGGUGCCUUGUACAGGUUAAACAGGUUCAGCUCUCUGCAGCCCCACCCAGAGCGCCUGGAUGUCUCGUUCUUCGUGGGCGGCCCGGUGUGGGCGAUGGCGUGGUGCCCAACCCCAGAGGGCUCCGCAGCCCCGCAGUACGUGGCCGUGUCCUGCCACAGGAGCAUGGAGGAGACGCACAGUGUGUCUGGGCUUCACUCAGGCCCUGCCCUCCUGCAGCUCUGGGACCUGGGCACGCUGCAGACGGAGCAGGGCUCUCCCAACAAAGCCAGGCUGGCCUAUGCCAUCGCUGCUGACUACGGCUGUGUGUGGGACAUGAAGUUCUGCCCCAGUGGUGCCUGGGAGCCACCCACUGCAGCCCGGAUGCACCCACAGAUGAGCCGGCUGGGCCUGCUGGCUGCUGCCUUCUCAGACGGCAGGGUGGUGGUGUAUGCCCUGCCGCACCCUGAGGCCCUGCACCACGCCAAGACAACCCAGGUAAAAGAUGGGUCCCUCCACAAGCACCUUAUCUGCAAGGUACAGUGCAUCGCCACACUUCAGGUGGGCUCCAUCCAGGCAGGUAAUGGAUCCGAGUGUGGACAGUGCUUCAGUCUCUCCUGGAUGCCUUCCAAGCCCCACCAUCACCUGGCAGCAGGGUUUUAUGAUGGCACCGUGGCAGUGUGGAACCUGCUCACCAAAUCCCUGCUGCAGUGCGUGCACCAGCCUGACGCCUCCCUCAAGCUCUACCCUUUCCGGUGCUUUCUGGCCCAUGACCAGGCAGUCCGGAGCAUUGAGUGGUGCAAAGCUGACAGCAACUUCCUGGUCACGGUGGGCAGCGAUCGCAAGAUCAAGUUCUGGGACCUGCGGCGGCUCUACGAGCCCAUCAACAGCAUCAAGCGCUUCCUGAGCACCGAGGUGGCCUGGCUGCUGCCCUACAAUGGCAUCACUGUGGCCCAGGACAACUGCUAUGCCCCGUACGGGCUCUGUGGGAUCCACUACAUCGACGCCGGGUACCUGGGCUUCAAGGCCUAUUUUGUGGCCCCUCGCAAGGGCACCGUGUGGAGCAUCUCUGGCUCGGACUGGUUGAACACAGUAGCUGCGGGUGACAUCACCGGUGAGCUGGUGGCAGCGGUGCUGCCUGACCUGGCUGUCAACCCCCUCAACAUCAAGCGCUCCUCGGACCGCAGAUUUCCCGUGUACAAAGCUGACCUGCUGCCCUGCAGCCCUGACGGGCCCGAGGGCAGCGAGCAGGCCCUGCCCAGGACCCAUCGCUACAGUGAGAUGGUCGCCAGGAGCUACAUCCGAUUCCAGGACACGGACCUGCGCAGCUUCCAGAACUUCACGAGCCGGGAGCCCAUGCGCCGGAUGCACGUGCAGGAGCUGAAGGCAGAGCUGAGCCUCGACCGCCUGCAGCUGGAGGCCCUCCACAAGGUGCGCUUCAGCCCUAACCUGGACUCGCAGGGAUGGCUGGUGUCGGGCGGGCAGGCGGGCAUUGUGCGGGCGCACUGCCUGGCAGGGCUGGCCUCCGGCGUGGGCCACCAGCUGCUCCCAGAGUGCCAGGCCCGCUUCAGCAUCCUCUAUGGGGACACACCCAGCAGCCCUGCCCCCCCUGAGCACCCCCUGCUGCCAGCCGAGUAGGGGUGUCAGUCCCUCACGCUGCUGCCAUGUGCUCACCCUGGGCAGGGCUUGGGGCUGGGGCCAGCUGGGCUGGCGUGGGGCUGUGGGCCCUCAGUGCUGCUUUCCUGAUGGGCGUCUGCUGCAGGAGGGACAGCUGCUCCCAGCCGUUCCCUGGGAUGCUCGGGACACUCGUCCUCGUGCUCUGGGCCUGGAAGGGUCUGUCUGCACUGUUUGCUCUGAGCUGGGCAGGGGUGGUGGGACCUGGCGUGUCCAGGGCUGAGCUGUGGGUGUGGCCCUGCAGAAGCCCCGUGGGCUCCACCAGCGUGGAGCUGUGCUUGUGGUCGCCUCCAUCCCCACGGAGCGCCGGAGGGCAGGGAAGGGGCUGGGGGCUGUGGAGUUGCUCACAUUGAGCUCGUGUUCAGCUGUGCAGAAUAAA